UUUCAAAUACUCAUCGUCUCUUUCAAAUCGAAACGAUUCGUUUUGCUCAUUCACCGAUUCACUUUGCAGAGUUAGAUUUGCCUGUGUGAGAGAGAGCGAUGAACGGUAGCAAAGCUGGGGCAUCGCUAGAUUCCUUGAUGUCUUCCUUCAACGCUCGAAUAACGCAGCUUCAGGAGCUUGUCAUUGCACGGAACAUGUACCCUUCUAGCAGUAUCGCGGAUCUGUCGGCGGUGGAUGCGGCGGUGAGUGCGAUGGAGCUUCAGGUGAAGGUCAUCAAGGACAGGUUGCGCGAAGAGACGCGAGCCAUUCCCAAAACCAAGAAACUAAUUGAUGCAUCACUGAGACAGCAAAAGAAACUGCAGAAUAUGUCUCUUCAUGUUCCCUCCCAAAUGGUCGAUAGAGUGACAAUGUCACACUUAGAAACUAGUAGAUGUUUGUUUCCUGAAUUUUCUGGACAAGACUCUGGAUCAUUUGAGGCCUUGAAACUUGACGAGGAGCCUGCUGCAGUACCUAAGGAGAAAAAGGGUCGUGGUUCUCCACCAACGUGGUAUAUUACUGGAAGUGAGUUAGAUUCUUUGUCAUCAUAUAUGAGAGGCAGGCUUACACUAGAGAAGGUCAAUGCAGCAAUCAAUGAUAUGGUGUCUUAUGCUGAAACAAAUUCUCAACUUAUCGUAGCCCCAAAAAAGAAGUUGGCGGAAAAUCUUUUGGAAAAAGCCCUGGAAAUAAGAGAUAUUGCGACCAUGGAAGGGAUUAAGGGAAAACACUUUUUUCUUGAAGCUGACAUAAAAGGACCAUCGCUGAAACUUGACAACUCUGGAAAAGCAAUAUUGACAGUUCUUCGUCACCUUGGUCGAAUCAAUGAGACUCGUAUUGGACAUAAUCGGGUCAUCAUUCUACAGAAGCCCCACUAAUUGCCUGGUUAUCUCAGUGAGUGUAAUUACAAAGUAAAAAGUUUAAAGGGUCACUCGGAAUAUUAAUGUAGUAAUAGAGGCAAUCAAUUUCCUUCAACUUUUUAUCUGUGGACGUGUAUAGUUGUGAACCGUAAUAAAUGUAUGCUAACUUUUUGUGCAUCAUUAGUUUAUGAACAUGGACAAAAUUUUUUGGUGAAUUGUAUACAACAGCAUAAGGACUUA